CCCCUAAAAAAGUAAAAAAGGAAAAGAAGACAAAAUGAGAAUUAGAAGGAUAUAUUGACCCAAAAUGUUUUAAAGGGUACUAUAGAGUAUAAAAACUUCUCCAGUUGGUACAAGCAAGUUUUUGUUGAAAGGAUUGGAGUGAAUUGAUAGUUCUUUGCCUUCAGAGGCGGAGUCGAGAUUCGAAAUUUAUAUGUUUGAGACUAGAGACUUAAGUUAUAGGGUUUUAAAUUAAUAGUAUAAACAUAUUCAACGGAAUUUUAAUACAAAUAUCCAUAACCAAAAUGCUAGCUUGCUUCUGCUCUCCUUUUUGUGUCUGUUAGUGACUGAUGAUAUAAGAAUAGAAAGUAAAGGUAGCAAGACUGGUAACUAGUUCAAGAAAUGACUGGAAAUUCUUUUGGUAGAUUGCGUAUUAGGUAUUCGAUGUGUCUUGGUUGAGUGGGGAAAAUAAGCACGAGUAAUGGUAUGCAGUAACAACAAUCAUUUGGUUUCAAAACUGAGUCUUGAUCUGACAAAUAUUGAUAAGUGGUUUUUGAAAGUUCUUGUCGAGGGGCUUUGAGCUGGUGAAGGUACUUGUGAGUGGAAAUCUUAAGUGGUGAAGGUACUUGCUAGCGGAAAUCUUAACUUCUGUUUUAAUUUACGCAGCAUGGACCACGAUACUGUUGGAGCUUCACAAGCUGCAGCUAAGAGUGAGGGCAUUGAGUCCUAUAGAAAAAUGCAGCAGGCUUCUGUGAAAGAGACAUCUGAAGUGAAUGAAGGUCAAGGUGGUAAAAAUGUCGCAGCUUAUGUGGCCCCAGCACAUGAGAAAUCUCAUGGUGAUGUAAACAUGGAGGCGGAUAUCACUAUGGAUGAUGUAAUAAGAGCCGGAGGUCUAGGAGCAAGAGACGAUUUAAAUAGUGUUCUUCCUGUGGCAGCUGAUACCACUGACUUUGAAGCUUCUAUUCGUGAUGCGUGGGACUAUGAAGGGCAACGUGAAAGCAUUACUCGACCAGGCCUUGGCUGGACAGAACCUGCAAAGAAAUAGAUCUAACCAUGGUACAACUUAAGGUGGACUUUCAAGGUGUUGUCCAGUUUUACUGGCACUCUUAAACUCUCAGUUCUGCUUCUGUUGAUUGAAUGUUCCCUUAUGUGUCUUAUGGUUCUUUAUGAAAUAAAUCAUAUCCCCAUGUAUGAAAUUAAUUAUAGCUCGGUGGAUCUUUUUAGCAACAUGCUUAUUUGUCAAUCUAUUGUUUCUCC